UCUUUCUAUCCAUUUUCUAAAGAGCUUAUCCUAGUCAGGGUCACGGGUGACCUGGACUCCAGCUCCAAGCAGGGGCAUCGCCAGCCCCCUUUACUGGGGCAUGUGUCCCAGUAUAAAUGAGCUGUGCUCCAGUGUCAGGUGGGGACUAGCCAUUGGCAGUACUGAAAGUUUUUCUCGGUGGGCCGGUAUGGCCACUGUCAUGAGUGUGUGUUCCGGUUUUUGUCUUCCCCCUGUUUCACACACACCUGCUCCUGAGAGCAUCUUCACCACCUGUGCCUCAUUCACCCUAAUUACCCCUUGUAUUUAACCUCGUGUUUCAUUCUCCCUCGUUGCCAGUUCGUUGUACCUUGUCGUCGCGUUCCAGCAUUCCUUGUUUCGACGUCACUGACUCAUAGUAAGACUAGACCCUCUUCUGAUUAUUGACCUUGCCUCUUUGCCUCACGUUUUUUGGAUACUGUUGCCUUUUUGGAUUGCCUGCCUGUGUACCGACCUCUGCUCGUUUAUUAAACCUUCCUUUUGUGAAACUGUCCAUUUGUUUUGGAGUCGUGCAUUUUGGGUCCUGUCCGCUGUUCAGUUCAUGACAGAACGAACUGGCCAUAACAUGGACCCAGCAGACUCAGACCCGGUGCGCAAAGCCCUUCAAGCGCAGGAUCGACGCCUCUCGAAGCUGGAUGAGCAGCUUGGUGCCCUCCACCUUCAUCUAGAGGGACUGUCAAGGCAUCAGGACAAUAUGAUGAGACAGGUGGCCUCGCAGUUUGAACUUCUUAUGAAAAGGAUUCAAGAGAAGGAACCAGUUUGCACAACACCCAAUACCGCCACGGUACCAACAUUUCCAUGUGAAGCAGUCACCAUACAGCCACCUGCCACCUCCGCUGCUGUCUGCCCACAGCUCUCUCGACCGGAGAGGUUCUCUGGAGAUUCUGGGAACAUUAAGCCGUUCAUCACUCAGUGCGAACUCCACUUUGAGCUGCAGGCAGCCGCCUUCCCCACCGAGCGGGCAAAAAUCGCUUUCGUCAUUUCCCACCUGACUGGUCGUGCGGAGGCGUGGGCUACUGCUGAAUGGAGCCGCAAUUCCGCCGCGUGUCAUUCGUGGGCUUUUUUCGUAAAGACUAUGGAGCAAAUUUUUGAAUUUUCCACACCAGAUCGUGAGGCAGCUCGCUCCCUUGUCACCUUACAACAAGGCAAGCGCAGGGUGUCAGAUUACGCGAUUGAGUUUUGCAUUCUAGCAGCUGAGAGUCAGUGGAAUAAUCAGGCGCUACUCGAUGCCUUUUUUCAAGGACUAUCCCCCGCCGUCAAAGAUCAUUUAGUCCCGCUAGACCUGCCGACCGACUUAGACACUCUCAUCGCUCUCGCCGUAAAAAUCGACAAGAGGCUUUUGGAUCGCGAGCUGGAUGGAGCUCGGCGGAGGGCUGCGUCACCGCGCACUUGGAGGAUGAGCCUCGGUGACCAGCCAAACCAAGGCAGAUCCCCUGUUUCCGGUCUCAACCCACUGGCUAGCGUCCCCACGGAUGAACCCAUGCAACUGGGCAGGUUCCGUCUCUCCCCUGAGGAACGUCAACGCCGGCUGAGGGAAGGGCGGUGCUUCUACUGCGGUCAGUUGGGUCAUUCCGUGAGCAACUGUCACGUCAAAGUUGCUGGUGCCGGUAGCAAGGGCACAGGAGAGGUCUGUUAUGCUUUGCGCAAUGUCGGGAAGGACAAUACUGCCUGGCAGCUGCGUGCACGCAGACUCAUUGGAUCAAAAGCUAUCUUCCCAGUGGGGCCAAGGGAAGACUUCGAUUGGCCCAUUGCUUGCUUGGAGAUGGAGGAACUGAUUGCCUGCUGGACCCGAGUAGCACAGGUUGUGGCCAAAGAGCACCAAGCUAAUGUGGUAGACCCGGAAGGAGUGGGGCAGCAACGAAGGGCCUUGGAAGAUGGACCAGCAGCUGAGGGGCAAGAAGACAAUAGAGCGGCUGUUAUAGAGCCAGGGAGAGUGGAAGUGCAGGAGGAAGCAUAUGACGUUGAGGAAGGGGUGGUAUUUGAAGAAAUGGGUGGUGUACUGCACCCUGUUGUUGGUGAGGACCAAUUAGUGGAAUUGAGGGAAGUGCUGGAGGAGAGAUUAGAAGAUAAUCCAGAAGAAGUGCUGGAGGAAGAUGGGGAUCGCCCAGUUUUAUUUGAGGGCCAAGAUGAUGCUCCUGAUCAUCUACAGGACUUGGCUCACCUCGGGUUUCAAGGUAAUAGAGGACAUCUAGAAAUACAGCAUCAACCCAACAGAAGUCAGAGCCCACCCCCAGCGCUAGAGUGCCUUACCUUGCUUUCAGGCCACAUUGCCGAGAUCAACUCUGUCCUCUUAGUGGGGGGCGGCGGGGAUGUUUGUGCCACGGGCUCCAGGGAUCGGGAUGUUAAACUUUGGAAUCUGCAGGCAGACUCUAGCAAUAUGCUGAUGCACACGUUGGUAGGCCAGGGCCACUUCAACACCCAUCAGGGCUGGGUGUGGUGUUUGGCAUCUCAGGGACACCUUCUAGCUUCGGGGGGCUUUGACAGAACAGUGAGGUUGUGGGACCUCCAGGCUUGCGGGGCAGAGAGGGGAGUGAUCAGGACUGAAGCUGCCGUCAUCUGCUUGUCCUGUCUGCCAGAUGUGUUGCUGGCUGGUACAUUCAAUGAAAAAGUCCAAAUGUACGACCCUAGAGCUGCUGUUCCCUUGGUGAAAAGCCUCACACACCAUACCAAUUCUGUCCUGUGUCUGGCGGCAGACGACAAGUACAUCAUCUCUGCGAGUAAAGACAACACUGUGGUCGUCCACGAUCGUAGGGCAGACAGAAGGUUGUAUAAAGUUCGGCUGCGCUCUUACCUGCGAUCUAUGAGCUACGGUGACAAUGAGGUAUGGGGGGGAGACAUCAGGGGCAGACUCCGUUGUUUUUCCAUGCGACAGGGGAUCUUAAAGUACCUGUCGCGAUUCGAUGUGGGGCACACAGCUAUGGUCACUGGCAUUCACAAGUCACCUGGAAGCCUCUUCACGUGCUCCUCUGAUUUUACUGUCAAGGUACACAUCCCUUGUGGGCCUCCAAAGACAUUAUGCACCCUGCGUCACCAAGACGGAGUCUCUGGGCUGAGCGUGGAGGCUGGAGUCCUGGCUGUCGCCUCAGGGGAUAUGUGUGUGAAAAUCUGGAGGCUGAGAAAGAGCGAGACUUGAGAAUAGAUGUGGACAAUACUGCACUGUUAAGUUGUGAAAGCAAGAUGUAUUCAAUAUAAUAAAAACUAUCUGUAAGCUAUAAUCAUGAAAAUUAUAAAAAAUAAAACCUUAAAGUAUUUCA